AUGUGGCAGGACGACGAGGACAACAACCCGUAUGGGUCGUUCAACAACCAGGAUCCAUCGGCCGUGCCGACCAACCCAACGCUGAGCACUUCUUACUCUGAUCAAUCAACGCCUCCAUCAUUCACGAGCUCUCCGAACCAGCCUUCACACUUCCGCGACGAAGAAGAUGACGAUGAGACGCAGGCAGAGACGGGGCCUAGCCCUCCAAAAGGCGGCUAUGACAGCAGGGUACAGCAGAUUCUCUAUGAGCAACCAGACCUGGAAAUCGUCAUUACCGACGCGGGCAAGAGCGCAGACGGCGGUUAUAUUGUGUACAAGAUACGAACAGGAGAUAUUGAGGUCGCCAGGCGGUAUUCUGAAUUCAGCUCGUUGCGUGCAGCUCUGGUUAACCUCCAUCCCACCCUCGUCAUUCCUCCCAUUCCCGAGAAGCACACCAUGGCGGACUAUGCAGCCAAGCCUACCAAGGCGAAAGAAGAUGUUGGCAUAAUCGACCAGCGGAAGCGGAUGCUGGCGGUCUUCCUCAACCGGUGUCGGAGAAUGAAGGAGGUUGUUGAAGACGGCGUGUGGUGGCGGUUUCUGGACCCCAACUCCAGCUGGAACGAGGUCAUACAUGCCCACCCAGUCUCAUCCGUACCAAAGAACAAUCUGAAAGCACCUCCACUGGAUCCUGCCAACCCGACUGCGGCUCAUAACUGGCUGCCGAUCCCCUCUUCUUCCGCCAAAUUGAGGUCAGGCGGUUCAUACUCAGCAAGUGGUACGCCCAUAUCGCCUCCAGAACAGACCUUUCCCUCGGCGGCAGCACAUACUACACCGGGCCCACAAGUAUUUGGACGGUUCCCUCCAGACUCAGCAAGGUUGAGUGAGACAGAUUUAGACCCCUACUUCAUCAAUUUCGAGCAAAACACGCGUGAGCUGGAGAUACUCUUGCAGGGAAGCAUCGAGAAGGUGAACCGUCGGACAAUCGAGCAUUUGACAAAGCUCGCAGCAGAUCUGGCGGAGCUGGGAGCACGGUAUAACGGCUUCUCGCUCUCGGAGCAGUCGCCAACCGUGGCGGCGGCAAUCGAACGAGUAGGCCAGGCUGUUGAUAACACUUAUAUCUCGACAGAGGAGCUUUCGCUGAGCCUUGGAGCUACGUUUGCGGAGCCGAUGAGGGAAAGUGCACAAUUCGCGGGCGUGGUACGGAACGUGCUGAAGUACAGAGUCCUCAAGCGAGUGCAGCAAGAGAUGACGAGGGAAGAGUUGGAGAAGAAGCGACAUCUUCUGGACCAGUUGGAGCGAAGCGAAGCCGAGUCCAAACGGAUCGACGCGUAUCUCUCUGGCAGUACGACUGCCUCGAGCCCACCGCGGCGGUCGACAUCCAGCGCAUCUGCACGGGACGUACCAGAACCACGCAGGGAUGGGCACGAUGAAACUGAGUCUGUUGACUCCGACUUUCCUCCAACCCACGGUGAGGCCCCAUCGUCCCCUUCAGCAGCCCAGGGGCAGCCACAUCCAGGCCCGACUUCACCUACGUCACACAAGAAGAGUCCUAGUGGGAACUUCGUGACGAACAAGAUAUUUGGCAGCUUCCGGCAUGCCGUGAAUGGGUUCGUGGACGUCGAUCCGGAAAGGACCAGGAGGGACCAGAUUGGAAAGACACGGGAGAGCUUGACUCAACUCGAGCAGGCCUUGGAGGUGUCGGAGAAGGAUGUCCACGAUGCAACUCAGGGAGUUAUGCGAGAUCUGAAGCGAUUCCAAAAGGACAAGGAGGAAGAUAUUCAGAGAUACAUGAUCUCCUAUGCGCGGUGUCACAUCGAAUGGGCACGGAAAAACUUGGAGACAUGGUCUGAAGCUAGACAUGAGGUGGAUAAGAUUGUUGCGAGAUGA